AUGGGUAAGCACAAUAAGGGAGGCGGGAAAUCAUGGGUAAGGGGUGGCUGGCAGCAAGGGAACCGCGGUAGCGGCGGUGGUGGUGGCAGUGGGAGGGGGAAGCCCGGCAGAUAUGGAGGGGGCGGCGGCGGCGGGGCAGGCUACGGAAUAUCGCCCACCCCCACAGCAAGGGCUUACGGCCUGCAGCAGCAAGCGAGAAGAGGGGGAGGAGGUGGUGGCGGCGGCUGGGCCGGGUCCAGCAAGCGUGGUGGAGGUUUUGCACCGACCAGUCAUGCCGCGAGAGAAUCUUUCUACUCGCAGAAGCAGGGCCCACCGCGAUGGCACCAAGAAGCUGGGCUGCCACCAAUAUCCGACUCGUUGCACCAACAUCAGCAGCAUCAGCAGCAGCGCAGCAUUGGAGGUUACCAAUACUACGAGAGCAGGAGCAGCAAUGGCGGCGGCGGCGGUGGGAGGCACACCGCGCGCGACCUCCUGUCCCCGGCGUUCUCGCAGAACUCUUCCCGCCGCCGCAUUGAAUUCCACAAGGCCACCAAGCCUUCGACAAUCUUUUCUCCCUCCGGAGGACCUACUACUUCAGCGUCUUCUCCAAACGUCGACGAUAGAACCAGGGCGGGUGGCCAGAAGCCGAGGACAAACGCCGGCGAGGGCGCAGGGAGUAGGGAGGGAGUGGCGGGAGGUGUAGACGACCUUGCCAGGCUAGCGGAGAAGAAGAUAGGGCUGCCGCCUCCGGGCAAGGAGCUCUACCUCGACUCUAAGAUCAAGGCAUGUCUCCAGUGGAAGCAGGUCCACAGGAUGGGACCGGGGCUCCGCAAUCUGGGCAACACCUGCUUCCUUAACGCCACCCUGCAGUGCCUCAGCUACCUCCCCCCGCUGGCCCAGCACCUCCUCAAUGGGUUCUACGGUCAUGGCCCUCAGGGAAUCGCUUCAAGGGGCCCCCGUCCAAUGGGAGGCUUCCGGGAGUUCACGAAGGUGGAGAUACUGGCGGCGAUGGAGCAGCACACGAAGCAGGUGCACCAGGGGCAGUUCACGGGGCUGGGGGCGAUCAGCCCAAAGGUUUUGGUUCAAAACCUCCGUAUGAUCGGGAGACAGUUUCGCCAGGGGAGACAGGAGGACGCCCACGAGUUCCUGCGGCACCUCCUAGACAAGAUGGUGGACUGCUACCUCAAGCGCAAGGGGGUCAAGUCUUCCGCGCCCAGCAGGCUUGCCGAGACGACGCCGAUCAACCGCAUCUUCGGAGGAUACCUCCGCAGCCGGCUCAAGUGCACUAAGUGCGGGCACUGCAGCGACACGUUCGACCCUUUCAUGGACCUGUCCAUGGACCUCUCGAGGGGGGUGCGAUCGAUAGAGGUGGCUCUGAGGCGUUUUGUCGCGACAGAGCGGCUGGGUUCCGGUAACGAGUGGCGGUGUGGUGGGUGCAAGAAGCCGGUUCAGGCGGAGAAGAGCCUCUCGGUUUUCAAGCCCCCGAACGCGCUGGUCCUACAGCUCAAGAGGUUCGUCUUCACCCGCAAGGCAAGCAAGAUCAAAGACCACAUCCAGUUCGCCGAUGUCCUCAACCUCUCCGUCUCGGGACCGGAGCGUUCCGCGCUGUACGACCUCACGGGGGUUGUCGUGCACGCUGGGGGCUCGAUGUCGUCCGGCCACUACUACGCCUAUGUGAGAUCAUGCGCCGGGAUGUGGGCUAGGAUGGACGACUGCUCCGUCUCGAAGGUCAAGAGGGAGACCGUGCUCAGGGAUCAAGCCUACGUCCUCUUCUACACUCGGCGUCCGGCUCCACAGCCCGUCGUGGCUAGCAUUCCCCCCGCGCCGUCCCUCUCCCCCGCGGUUAAGGUUUCAAGCACAGCCUCCGCCGCUGUGGCUGGAAAGCCCACUGCAACGGCAUCUACAGCCGUUCCUGAGACGAAGCGAAUAAAGUUGGUACCCUCGCCGGAGGGGAAGGGGCUCGUCAGUGUGUCACCUCGCCAAGGAGAAGAACGAUGCAACGGUAACCGCGGAGGCACUUCGGCGGUGCCGGCGACGGAGGCCGAGUCAGGCGGGGGACCGAUCAAGUCCCCACCACCGCGUGCCGUGCCCCCAUCAACACCUCUCCAUCCCGCAGUCAAGGCUAUCGCCACGACCACCACCACCGCCCCAGCGACGACGACGACACCCGUUACACCCGCUGGUGUCCCGCCACCAGCAACAGCCGGCGCCGCGACCUGCGCGACUAUGUCAUCGCGAGUAAACGGAGGGCCGGCGGUCGCGAGCUCUGUCCCGGUGGAAGCGGCGACAAGCGGCGGUGGCAAGGCGGCGGCGGCGGCGGCGGCGGCGGCGGCGGCGGCAGGGGCAGGGGCGGGCAACGGAGGCGGGGUGGUGGCCCCGUCUCCUCCGGUGGUGGUGGUGGGGCCGGCGGCGGCGGCGGCGGCGUCGAGCACCGAGAGCAAGGGUAGCAGGAAGCGGAGGAGGAAGAGGGAGAUGGUUGAGGCGGCCGCGGCGGCUGCUGCCGCUAGCGCGACGGCCGCGGGAUCGGGACAGCUCGGAGACGGCGGCGGCAGCGGCGGCAGCGGCGGCGGCGGCGGCGGCGACGACAAAGUCGGUGGUGAGCGCGGAGAUGUAGAGAGCUGCAGCAAGAGGCAGAAGAAGCAAGACGGCCGGAGUCCACACGAGGGGCAAGGCGGCGCGGCGAAUGACGGUGCUGGGAGCAGUCGCGAUCACCGCGCGAACGGUGGAAGCGUGCUCGAAGGGGUAGAGGGGCAUCAUCAUCUUGCCGCGAACGGUACGCCCUCCGGCGAACAGAAGGUAGCGGCAGCACAGCAAGGAGGUGGCCACCAGGAAAAUGGGGUCGUGGCCGGUGACUCGAGGAAGGAGCUGGAGAACGGAAGUAGUAGCGGGAAGGAUACGAGAGGAGAGGAACGGUUGAACGCCGGCGAGGAGGAGGCGCACGAAAACGCCGCCGACGCCGGCGAGGUGGAAACCCCCGGCGGCAGCAGCAAAAAGAAGCGCAGGAAGAAGAAGAGGAAGAAGCACGAGCAAGACCAACAGGCCGGCGGUGGGGAGGCGGGAGUCGUAGGAGGCGGCGAGCCAGCGGCGGACCCCGUGAUCGCGGCCGGCAAGCGUUCCCACCAAGAGGCAACGGCGGGCGUGGACGUUGGCGCCACCGCCAUGAACAACAAGAAGCACAAGAACGGAGAGGGCACCUGCGGCGAGGGUGAGAGCCGGAGCGCCUCGGCCAUCUCUGGUGCCGGCCUUGAGUCUCGCGAAUCGGCGACGGAGGGAUCGGCGGCCGUGGCGGCGGACGCGGCAGCGCCGGCGGCGGUAGGGGACGCGAACGGUGGCGGGGACGUUGGGGGGGAAGGCGCGGAGGCAGGAACUACUGCACCAUCGGUCUCGGUUGCGGGAAAGGAUGAUCUCGGGACCCCGGCUGAUGCCGCAGCUCCUCACGCCAUGCCAGAGGUGACGGGCAACAAGGCGCUUCACCGCUUGGCCUCCGCCAAGGAAUUGCAGUCGGGGCUGUCCCGGAAACAGGCGGCGGAGGAACACAAGGAUAACAUCUCGAGGGCGUCAUCUUUCUGGGACCGCUCGUUGGACAUGGGCAAGGUCAAGAAGGUGAAGGAGAAGAAGGACCCCCAAGAAAUGUCCGCCAGCAGCAGCGGCGACGCCUUCCAGGCAAAGCAGGAGCAGAUGCACGGCCAAGCCAAGAGGCGGGGGUACCGUGAGGAGAAAGACACCCCUAGGGGGAACCACGCCAGAGGGGGGAGGGGUAGACGGGGCAGGGGCGGCGGGCGGGGUAUGCGUGGGGGCGGUGGGAACCGGGGUGGGGGCAAGCGAUGGUGAAAGCAAUGAGAGGGGGGGGCUCCGAGGAGCCGUAAGGAGCUAGCCCACCACCUCGGUGUAGACAGAAGGGCUGUUUGCCGCGCCCCGCGCGUGCGCAAAGCAGGUCUCGGGGCUUGUUCAGCCCUGCGUGUUGUCUCUGGGCACGUACGUGUUUAGUGUUCUCGUUGUUGCUGGCAUCGAGACUGCUUGCGUCUCUUACGGCUUGGAGUAUAGCACCGUGAGUUCCUCGGUUGUAUUGACAGUAUGCCUCUGGUGCUGUGGUGCGGUGUGCACGUUUUCCCCAUGGUGUCGGACGCCGGGGUGUUGUAGCGGCGCCAGGCGUGUUACCUAUGGAACGAUGCAUGAAUGGGAGCAGUGCCGACAUGCUGUGUGUCUUUGCCCCGUUUUUUUUUUUUUCUUGUGUAGUUCCCUCUGUUGUGUCCUCUAGGAAUCUCUCAUUUUCAUGAGUGGUUGCCUGUCAAACCGAUGUGUAUGCUUGCUGCUCUCUAUCGGCCGUGCUAGGUGGGCUGACCAAUGGAAAGAAGCCAAAGUCUUGCAGUUAGGGCCAACCGUGGCGUUUUGUAGUCCGCGGACCCCCCUCCCCCUACCACUCGCGUGUGUUUUCUCCGGAUGGCAACGACCGCGCUAGCCAACGAGAUGGUGUCAGUCGUGUGUACGUGCGCGUCGACAGUUCUCAUCCGGUAAUGUGCGCGUCUGGUCGUGGAUGAUAAUUUGUUUGGCAUAAGACGCAUGCAUCAACUCUUUGCUGGUGGGGUAGUGCAUGGCGAACAAGUCUCGGUCGCGUGCUACAAUGGCAAAGAAGAAGGGAUGUGGUGCCUCUGCUCACGAAUUAUAUUGUACCUUUGCUCACGAAUGGCGAAAAUCUGCCGAAACGGAGCUAGAGAUUUAGGGGGAUGAAAUCGUAGCGUGUAGCAUUAAGGGCGGGAAAAAAUGUCACCUUGGGAGUAGCAAAGCAGUUGAUAUCAUGGACGACGUGGCUAGUCUUUACAACGGAGGGAGGUGCGAGGCGAGACGGUGCAUCCACCGGAAUAUCUGUUCGCGCGGGACUGUACCCGUAAUGUCUUGAGUAGCUUGAUCAUCACCAAUGCUUUUGUGGUGCGAACCUGGUUUUAUGUAAGUUCACGUUGUGGGUGUGCAAUCGAUCGUGCGUGGAGUACUCGUCGAUGUUCGCACGAAUAGGUUCACCAAGGUGAAAACAGCUCUUCUUGUUGUGUUGAGUAUUGCCUUUUUUGUUGUUGUGAAGAGCUGUGGACGGUCGUCCUCACACACUAAGUGAAUGGGACGGUUGGGUGUGCGUGCUUUUGAGUGUUGAGAAGAACUAACGAUAAUGGACGCUUUUUAUAGCCGCCCCCUUGAUCCCCAGCACGUCUUGCGAACCCACAACAGCACAAAGGGGGGCUUCGUGUUUGUUUCCAAUGGCGGUGUUUUUAUGUCCUGGAUAAUUUUAUUGGCUGGGACAAUGAUCAUGUGUUGUCAGCGUCUGCCUCUAUUGUUUUUUUGUGUUUUUAUCGUGGGAUUUUUUGUUUUCGCUUGUUCGCGUCUUGGCAUGUUAGCGGUAGAGAGAAUUCGGUAUCCGUGAGUGAGUUCUUUUUGUGGUGCAUGCGAACUGGGCGGGAGAGAAAAAAGCCAACAAUACCGACAUUUAGCAAGAGGCGUGGGUUGUGCUGCCUGCUUCUGAAACCAGCGCCACCCAAAAGAAAGGUGUGCAGGAGUUGGCGAGAAUAGAUUCGGAAGACUAUUGAGACGGUGGACUCGCAGAAAAGCGACAAUCAGUGACGAUGUGGACAUUGUUUUUUUCUUGUAACAUAAUCCAUCUCUACCCAUAGACAAGGGGCUGGGGCUGGUAACUUUUCUCCUUUGUCGUACCGUGUACUCUGGGCGUCGGUU